AUGUUAGGUUGGGAGACAUGCAUUUGCAUUAUUGAAGGGAUCACUCAAGGGCUUCUUUAUCUUCAUCAAUAUUCAAGAUUACGAAUCAUACAUAGAGAUCUAAAACCUAGCAACAUUCUCUUGGAUAGUGAAAUGAAUCCAAAAAUAUCAGAUUUUGGCAUGGCUCGAAUAGUUGGAGGCAAUGAAACACAAGCAAACACAAACCGAAUUGUUGGAACUUAUGGAUACAUGUCUCCCGAAUAUGUUAUACGUGGUUUGUACUUGAUAAAGUCCGAUGUUUUUAGCUUUGGAGUAUUGCUAUUAGAGAUUCUAAGUGGCAAAAAGAAUACUGACUUCUAUAAUCAUAAUUCACUCAGUCUUCUAAGAUAUGCUUGGGAGUUGUGGAUAGAUGAUCGGAGUUUGGAGUUGAUAAAUCCAACAAUUGGGUAUCCUUCUUCUAGUUCUCUUCCGUUGAGAUUCAUUAACAUUGGCUUUCUUUGUGUCCAAGAAAGUCCGAUUGAUCGUCCUACCAUGCUUGAUGUAGUCUCAAUGAUUAGCAAUGAACAUGCACCUCUACUUACACCCAAGCAACCAGCGUUUACCACAUACCAGAAUAUGAUGGACUCAAAUUUAACAAUUGAUGGUGCAUGUAAUUGCUCAAAUAAUAGUGUUACUAUAUCAGUAAUGGAAGCCCGAUGA